AUGCCCAAGCCAGACCUCCUCCACUUUGACGACCUACCAGAAUGGUAUCAAGACAAUCCUGCUGUCCGCUCAGCAUAUCGACCAGUCUCCUACUCUUCGGUUCCAUGUCUCCAUUCUUUGACAUACCUUCAUAACGAGACGUUGAACAUUUAUACACAUCUGAUUCCAGCAAUACUUUCUAUCUUUGCGCAAAUGUACAUCCAAGCCUUGAUCACUCACCAUUUUCCACGAGCUUCGUCGAGAGAUCGACUUAUAUUCGGUGCCAAUAUCUUGCCUGGAAUGGUGACCAUGAUCCUUUCGACCUGUUACCACACCUUGAUGAAUCAUUCCUUCCCUGUCUCCUCGCUAUUUCUUCGAAUCGACUACGUCGGGAUCUUGACUCUCAUACUGGGAUCGUUUUUUUCUGGCAUUUUCGUUGGCUUCUACUGUGAGCCGGCUCUUCAACGAGUGUACUGGACGAUGAUCAUUGCGCUUAGUGUUGUCACGUCUGUCCUCGUCCUACAUCCACAACUCCAAGGACUUCGCUGGCGGUCUCAUCGGACAGCAGCUUUCGUCGCUACAGCUCUUUCUGGCUUUGCGCCCAUCGGCCAUGGGCUCUGGCUUUACGGAUGGUCGGAGAUGUGGGUGCGGUCUGGCAUGCCCUACUGGUUCUUGGAAGGCAUUGUGUAUGGACUCGGAGCGUUCUUCUUCGCCACUAGAUUUCCCGAAAGUGUUUGGCCAGGGAAGUUUGAUAUUUGGUUCUGCUCGCACCAGAUCUUUCAUGUCUUGGUCGUUUGUGCGAGUGUGGUCCUUUUGAAGGGUGUUUGGGAUGCGUAUGCUUGGAAUUAUCAUAAUAAUCAACAGUGCUUAGCUACGUUCUGA